AAAAGAAAAGCUUUUAGAAAAUUUGUAAAACUUUUUAAAAAAAAAAUUAGUAUUAUAUAAAUGAAAAAUGAAAAGUAUGAAAGUUCUAUCUUCAUUUUCAUCUUCACUGUGCUGCUCAUGUUCAACAACAUUGAAAGCAUCUAAAAGAAUUUUAUUAGUACGUAAACAUUGGAAUGCUGCAACAGAAAAUUUUAUUGAAGAUGUAAUGUUUAAGUAUAAACAGUUAAAUGAAAAACUUCUUGACUCUAAGAACUUAACACCAACUGAAAUAAAAAAUUACUCAAGUGAAUGUCAUAGGAUGAAGCCAGCUGUAGAAAUAUACAAUUUGCUACUCAAGAAAAGAGAAGAGAUUAUUGAAUUGGCAGCUUUAGGUAUUGACAACAAAGAAAUGAAAGAGUUUGUUCAGGAAGAAAUAAGUGCUUGUCAAGUUUGUAUCGCUGAUCUUGAAUUACGUUUGCUUGAUUCUAUUAUACCAAAAGACAAAGAUGAUAGCAAUAAUGCCAUUAUGGAAAUUCGCGCUGGAACAGGAGGUCGAGAAGCUGCCAUUUUUGCUGCUGAAAUGUUAUCUAUGUAUGAUAAAUAUUCCUCCAGUAAUCAAUGGAAAUUUGAGGUACUAGAUGAAAGUGAAAGCACUGACGGAGGUUUAAAAGAAGUCUCAGUUAAUAUAAUUGGUUCAGGUGUAUUUGGAAAACUCAAGCACGAAAUUGGCGUUCAUCGUGUACAAAGAGUUCCUAUAACAGAAUCAUUAGGCCGCGUUCACACAUCGACUGUUACUGUUGCUGUUCUUCCUCAACCUGAAAGUAUUGACGUUGUGCUAAAUAUGAAAGACGUAAAGGUAGACACGUUUCGAUCAUCUGGUGCUGGUGGACAACAUGUAAACACUACAGAUAGUGCAGUUCGUCUAACGCAUAUACCAUCUGGUCUUGUCGUUGCUGUGCAAAGCCAAAGAUCACAAAUAGAGAACAAAUCACGUGCUUUAAAAAUACUAUCUGCUCAACUUUACGAUUUUGAGAGAACUCGGGUUGUACAAGAACGAGUUGAGUUGCGAAGAACACAAAUUGGCUCAGGACAUCGUUCUGAAAGAAUUCGCACGUACAAUUUUCCACAAGAUCGCAUUACUGAUCAUAGAAUAGGGGAGACAUUAAGCGGACUUAGCGACUUUAUGCUUGGUGGAUCAACCUUUCAUAAAUUAGUAGACAUGCUGCGUUCUCACGAAAAACUUUUAAGCUUGGGAAAUAUUACUGGCAUGAAACCUAGCUUUAGAAUUUAGUAAUUUUUAUAUUUUUAUUGUUUGCGCAAUGAUAGAAUAAAGGUAUUGCAAAUUAA